AAAUAAAAAUGUCUGGUGGUAAAUCUGGUGGAAAAUCUGCUUCUGGCUCAAAGUCUCAAACCCGUUCUUCUAAGGCCGGUCUUCAAUUCCCCGUUGGUCGUAUUCACCGUCUUCUUCGUCGUGGUAACUAUGCUCAACGUGUAGGUGCCGGUGCUCCCGUUUACCUUGCUGCUGUUCUUGAAUACCUUGCUGCUGAAAUUCUUGAAUUGGCUGGUAACGCUGCUCGUGAUAACAAGAAGUCUCGUAUCAUUCCUCGUCACUUGCAAUUAGCCAUCCGUAACGAUGAAGAAUUGAACAAACUCCUUGGUCACGUCACUAUUGCUCAAGGUGGUGUUCUUCCUAACAUUCAUGCUUCCUUAUUGCCUACUAAGAGUAAGAAGGUUGCUGGUUCUCAAGACGCUUAAAUUUGUACAAAAAAAAGAACAGAUUUAUAAAUAAUUUGUUAUUACAACAAUCUAGCAUUUUUUUUUCCUUAUUUUGAUAUCCCUCCAAUUAAAUAUUAACUUGAAUGAAAAUCAAAAAAAAAAUAUUUGACUCCAUUUGUAAAAUUUGUCGCUUUUUUUUUUCUUUUGGCUUUUUUUUGUAAAUAAAUCCAAAAAAUAUUUAAAAUACGAGGCUUUAAACUGUUUAA